UUACCCUCUCCUUCCUCAUUAUCCAUUCGUUCCCAUUGCCAUGAAGUACUUUUCUACUCAAGCCAUGCUCCUCGGACCUGCGUCCGUCACCUCCAAAGCGGCGCCGACCACAACUGGCGCGUGGACCGUCAUUGAGCACACUCGGUUCCUUGCGGCCAUCGACUUGUUCCCCCAAGGACCGUGGAAAGCCAUCGCCAAAGACAUUGGCACCCGCACGCCCAGACAAACCCAGACCCAUGCGCAAAAGUACCGCGAGAAGCUGUUUCGCCAGAGCAAGGCGCCCAAGUUGCCGACGAGAAAGAUCAAGUCGGCCAUCGGCGACGUGUCCAAAGUCAAGACGCAUGUGGCGCUGCUCGAAGCGAUUCUUCCUGCGUGCGUGCCCAGCAACACGCUCUCGAUGGACGACGCCAUGGACUUCCUUGUCGGGUUGGUGGUCGACUCAAGCGACUGGGAUCUUUUCGACACUCCAGUUGCCGACGGAACCAUGACGUGAACUCGUGAUUCAACCUCGUCGACGGCAGCGAAUGUCUGAUCGACCGCACGGCUCGCGACCGCAGUCGUGCAUGACAAGUCCUCGUUAUUUAAAGCGCCACGGUCUACGACAUGUUAGCUGCG